CAUCUAAGGGACCAUGGCGUACUAUACACAAGUUGAUCUUCAGAAUGCCUCCAUGUAUGCCAAGCAACGCCUGCUACUUCAUUACAUUAAAUUUAUAAACGAAAAAUACCCGCACAUUGGCAGCGAAGUUGCGUACACGGUGAAACAGGCUGACCCCGAAAAAGAUUACUAUUUCCCAGAGACGUUCAGGUCCAGUGCCAUUGUAGUGGACGUGAACAUAACCAAGGAUCUGUGCGAAAAAAUAUCCUGCAAUUCGGCCACAAACAAGGGUGCUUGUAAAUUCGGCGAUCAAGCCUCACUGUAUAGAAUAGGGGACAUGGAAAAGUUUAAGGUGCAAUGUCAACCGGCUUGUUACAAUUUAAAGAAUCAGCUGGUAUUCGACGAUGACGGCAAAGAGGUGGUGCAAUCCCAUCGAUUCGAAUGGAACAAGAACAAUAAAUGUGAAUUCGUAAAUUCCGCCGUCACCUGGAUGGAGAAACCAUUCUAUCGUUCCAUGGAAAUUUACGAGAAGCGUGUCAACGAUCUCGAAUUGGGUUUCAACUAUGACGAAGAUUUGGACAUGUAUUUUUACAAUAAAUACUAUUGCAACGUGUACUUUGACACCUACGAUCCCGCAACCAAAAACUGCAAGACCGCAUGGUAUGAUUUCAUUGCCAAUGUGGUCGUUGGUGAGAACAUUAUGAAAUUACUGAAAGCGGGCAUCAGUUAUAUUGAAAAUGGCAACACAAUAAUUCCCUCCCGUCUACCGAGCCCCCCUAAAAUAGAUGACAAAUGGAAACUUGAGAAUUGGAGAAAAGAUAUUAAUAGUAAAUUCGUAAUACCCAAUACGGAGAUCAAAUUCAAUGUGACGGAAGGUGAAAGCGCUGCCGCACCGAAUCCGUUGGCCGCUGGAUAUGCCAGCGACACGGGAACAACGAGAGAUGAAACGAAAGAUGAGAGCGGAGACGAUGACGAAACCAAAGACGGCAACUCAUCACAGAACGUGGUCGAAGCAAUUCUGGUGGGUCUGUUGGAGAGCAUAGUGUCGACGGAGUUUUUGGAAAGCAUCGCCGUAGACGUUGGCACCACCAUUUUGCAACAAAUACCCGAUGGAUAUUUGGAAAAGUUGUACGACAAUUCAAAAUAUGCACUGCGCAAACAGCUCAACACCACAAAUGGUGGUGCCAACGUCUACGGCGAUGCUUUCCAAAAACUCCGUCGACACUAUGCUCUCCAACAGACCCACCAGAAUUGCUUCGACCACGUUCUGUGA